AUGUGUCUUCUGUCAUCUGUCGAUCUAACGAAAACAAGUGGAAUACACGUAAUGAAGAAAGUGGACAAACCUAACGUAAGCAAGUGGGACAAUCCUAACAACGAAACUGGGACAAACAUAACGAAACAAGUGGACAAACCAAACGAAAAGAAGUGGGACAAACUCAACGAAAAAAGUGGGACAAGCCAAACGAAAAAGUGGGACAAACCUAAUGAAACGUAG